GGUUGAAAAUCCUGCUUUGACUACAUGGAGAUACAACCUUGAGACGUCUACUGUGUGUUGAACUCUGUGUGCACAUGAGUCCAGGGCUGGAGGUGGAUGAACCAGAGCCGCUUCUUUUACCAGAACUGGUCUCCUUUGAUCUAUCCCAGCAGCAACCCUUGUAUCCACCUCCAGACGCACACAGGCCAAAAAGGAAGAUGACAGAAGGGACUCCAGGCAGAGAGAACCUCAUGGAUUUGGAUGACUACUUCAUGGGUGUGGCCCGUCUGGCUGAAGAAAGGAGUAAAGACCCAGAGAGACAGGUGGGGGCCUGUAUAGUGGACAAGGCCAAAAAGGUUGUUGGUGUUGGUCACAACAGGAUGCCAAAUAACUGUGAGGGGAAGCUGGGGGAAUGGGAAUGGACCAAGUUCUCUGAUCACCCAGAGGACAAUAAAUCAUUUUAUGUGUGCCAUGCAGAGCUGAAUGCCAUCAUGAACAAGAACAGCGCUGACAUUAGCGGCUGCAGCAUGUAUGUGACUCUGUUCCCCUGCAACGAGUGUGCCAAAAUCAUCAUCCAGUCAGGUAUUAAAGAAGUGUUCUAUCUCGAUAAGAAGCCGUAUGAAGAACCAAAGCAAAAGGCCAAAAGAGAUAAGCAACUGGCCACAGAUAAAAUGCUGGAUGUGGCUGGUGUAACACUCAGGCACUUGAAGCCCAAGAGGAAGAUUGAGAUCCAGUGUGAGUAGAAGAAGAGGAGGAAGAUUGAUUGAAAGGGACUUUGAUGCCUCUUUCCUGUAGCUCUUCUUGCACACUGCAGCAUCAAAAAAGAUAAAUAAAUUGAAGGAAACCUUGA